AUGGGGGAAACAGGACAGAAUAGAAAAGAAAGCAAGGUCAAAAACAAAUGGCUUGAUGAGUCAGGCAUUUGGAGCUGUCGUAUCAAGGUCCCCCCACAAUCGCAUGUCGAUAAUUCAAGAGCGAUUGAUGAGAAUAAUUCCCACUCCAACUCUAUCACGAUGGCGACGAACAAUUCAAUGGAUAACGCUUUGGAGAUGACAAGUCCACGGCGUAAGGGCAAGCUUGCGGAGACGAUACAAUCCAUGGCAAACUUGAAUAGCAAUAUCGAAAAUAUGGAAUUGCCCAUGGAUCCGGAUGCGCAGGCAACAAUUACAGACUUUCUCGAUUUCACGGAAUAUUUACCUUCGGAUUUGGUUCGGUCGAUGGCGCUCAUCAGUGAUCUGGAUGAGAAAUAUGUCAAUGCUUCAUUGAACCUUUCGCAGAAGCAUCACACAUGGUAG